CCUCCAGAUGACAAUCACCAGCCAGUGUGUGUGUGUGUGUGUGUGUGUGUGAUCAUCAGUAGACCUAGAAACAGCUGUCGUGUGUACAGUAGCCUGCCAUGGAAACACCAAUCCGGAGCUCCUUUCAGGGAGAUGAUUGGUGAAGAUUGCGGUAGGAAGGCGGAGCAUGACGGAGAAAGGCACGACUAACUGGUUAAAGAAAAGCUUCUGAAUCAGUUGGCACUUGGCACUUAGCUGUGUUUGUUUAUUAGUAUCCUGUUACUAUGUUCACAUCAUAACCUGUGAAUGUCUCCCCGUGUGUUUGCACGGUAUCCCUACUGUCUAGUAGCUUUGUCAAUCUUACCGUGGAUUGUUGAAAGGGUAUCCAGCCACAAGCUUCUCUCGGCGUCCCUUGAGAUCGCACAGCUCCAGCAAGUGUUGGUAUAUCAUGUUGGAGAUGCUGCCGCUAUAUAGGCCUGCUGGCUGGAAGUGGUCAUCACAUGCCUAUCUUCUCUGGAUUUUGUGCCUUCUGCUGACUGGAAAUAUGAUAUUAGGGAAUUACGAAAACGGGAAGUGUUAUUGUGUCUCCGAAAAUGACGAAAAAAUCAGGCAGGCCAUCGCUGCCUUCACAGAUACGCCGUCUGUGUCCAAAUAUGAGUACAUCGGUGCCGAAUAUAACAGUACUGCCGAGGAAUUCGCCCCCUGCGUGUGUGAUGAUGUGGUGGGCGUGAUGUCAGACCUGGCUGUGACAGAGCAGUACGUUCUGGAAAUGGCAACGGGGAAUGAGACAGAGCUCAAUGACAAUGUUACCAGAGCGCUGGAUGCCACUGCGAAGGUUGCCUUCAACAACUACAUGGAUUUAACGCAUUCUUACAUCAACUCCUUUGCUACCUACAGCUACACUAACGGCUCCAAAGCCAUGUUCAAUGUAGAAUUUAUCGUCAAAGGCACCAAUACAGUCAUCAAAGAUAAGGUCUCCACUGUGAUGCUGGAGGCGGUGGCCGGGAACAUGUUGAGCGGGGUCGGCUCUGUAGAGAACUUCACCAAGGAAUUCUCACUGAGAGUGUGUCCCGUAGAUCCUAGCGGUGGUGAGAACACUCAAACGUCAGUCACUAACAACGUGGCGGGAACCUCUGUCACAAUUACCUGUAAAACAGGCUACAGAACAAAUUCAGGCGAACCGACCAGUGGAAAAUCAAAGUGUGUCCACGAGACUUUAACUUGGACGCCACCAUCCCCCAGCGUUGUCUGUAUUGAAGAUAAAAGGUGUUAUAAGAGUCCACCUAAUCCAAUAAACACCAAACGUGUCUGGAAUGGCACAAAGGAGGAAGGAACAAAAAUUGUAUACAGCUGCAAAAUUCUUUACAGGAUUCUAACAGACAAGAAAUCCAUUUAUCAAUGUAAAAAUAAGGACUGGACCCUGGUGACAUCACCAAUCAAGUGUGAUCCACCCAAGUGUGGUGAUCCACCUCAGGUGCCUGACCAUGGAGUACUCACCUAUAAUGAUUGGAAUCAAAUAACCUACCAGUGCGACACUUAUGCCAUACGUUCAGGAGUAGAUUCUGAGCAUAAGAUCAUCUGCAAAAACUUCACAUGGGAGGAGCUACCAAAAAGCUUCAAGUGUGUGGGAAGUGAUACCUAUGAUUCCCAUCAGGAGUGGGAAAAUUUCCUGAACAUCACCUUGCCAGUAUCAACAGUUCUGGUAUUUCUCGUCAUUUUCUGCCUUCUUGCUACCCGAUCUGACUCUCCAUUCUGUAAGAUAUGUAAAGGAACUACAAAGGAAGUUACCUAUUAAAACAUUGAUUGGCAACUGUUCUUUCAAGAAAAAGGUAAGAUUACUUUCAGUGAGUUCAUUCUCAAAGAAAUCCAUGGCACCCUGUAAAGGUGGUGUCAGAUGAAAACUGGUGUGGAGAUUUUUGACUUUGUUGUGGAAUAUUGAGCAUAAAUUUGCAGUCAUUAGGUUUCUCAACUGCUGGGCUGAUUUGCUACUGCCCUUUUGAAUGGCAAUUCCUUUAUAGGAAAUUUUUAGAAUUUACAAAUAGUGAUAGGUUGUUUUAUAUAUACAUAAUUAUUGUACUUAGUGAAAGAAUUUCUGUCCUACUUUCUUUCAAAUAAUCUUUAUUUGACAUCUUACCUCAAGAUUCACAUAAAAUCAACACUGGAAAAUUAUGGUUUCUACUUUUUUCCUCAGUUCCACUACCCAACUUAAUUACAUGUGAUAUUUCUCUGCCCUCUCAGAAAACAGUGUUGCUUCCAUUGCCUUUAAGAAGUUGCCAUUGAUUAUCCUUUAUUUUUUGUUUUACAUCUUUGUCUUGUUGGAGAACUGUUCAAAUGCAUCUUGCAAUGAUGAUCUCAGUUGGAUCGCAUAACACUUAUCAUACUUUAUAAAGACUGGUCCACUGUUACAUAUUUGUCUUUAUUUUUUCAUUUAAGCAUUUGGUAUUGUUUUAAAUCACUAUUAUAUGUAAAGAGAGAAUUCCAUUGAGUUAUGAAAGCUUUUGUUAGCAAAUUGGUUUCUGCAUCUUGUUUCCAAAGUGGGUAUUUUGUUACUGCUGUGGUAGCUAAUUAUCUUUCUUGUGUUACUGUAAAUGGAAUUCCAUAGUGUAUGAAGCCCUUAAUAGAGUGGAAAAGACACUACAUUAACAAAGGUCACACACACACACACACACACACACUGAGGAAGGGAAGAUGUCUGAAAGAUGUUAAAAAAUAUAGUUUCCUGCAAAGAUAUGUUGAGACUUGGAACAGUUUGAGUGAGGAAGUG